CCAGGGUGAUGGAGAAGAUGCAUUCGGCCUGAAAAUACCGUCGUGUCAUUUUAAACGUUUAUUCCGUCCAGCGUAGCAGUAAUUACAAUGGCGAAUAUGCGGAGAGUUAACGGGAAGUACCCGGGAAUGAACCCGGCUGUCAGCUGUUGCCGUCUGCGUCAUGUCCAGUCCCUGCUCUGUGGAGGCGACUCUGCCACUCCUGAUGGCAUCCUGUGCUCUCUUGGAGUUGACAGCAGGUACAAUGUAGGCUGCACUGAGCUGGCCAACUAUCUUUUCUCUGGAUUGUAUGGGAGGGCCCAGCAGAAUCUGGAGCACCUUCUGGAGGAGUUCCCUGAAGAGGUGUUGGAUGAUGUGAUCCUGCUGAUCAAGGCAGAGUGUGUCCACCUGUAUUGCAACCCAGUGAACUACAGAUACCUGCUGCCUUAUGUUUCCCACUGGAGGAACCUGCAUCUCUACUGCAUGACCGAAACAGAGUAUGAAGAUGAGGAGGCUGCAGAGGAGUUCAAAAUCUCAAGUUUUGUCACAAUGGUGCAGGACUGCCAUCGCAUUGGAGUACCCUACAGCUCACAGGGACACAUGCAGAAGUUUGACAUUUUCAUGGUGGAAAAGUGGCCUCUGAUACAGGCAUUUGCUCUGGAGGGAAUUGGUGGUGGAAGCUACUUUACCAUGAAAUACAAGCUAAUGGACAUCAGUGAGAGGCUUUGGCAGAUCUACACCAGACUAGACCCAGUGUCUCUUGAUAGUCUCCUCACUGAGGACUUGGUGAUCUUUGAGAAGCAGUGGACUAGCUUUUACUCCAGCAUGGACCUGGAAAGUCAUCUGUCCAUCUUGGAGCUGUCUGAAGCUCAAGCAGGAGAGGCAUUUCGUAUUUAUUACUCCCAUGGCCUGAUAUCAAGGAACAUCACAGACCAAAGUAAAAGUCGACAGCCCUUUUUGUUGUUUGGAAGCCAUUCUUCCAUGGAGAAUCUGGAGAAUUACUCCUUCAACUUCCCUUCUGAGAGUCACCAGAUCCGCAGCACAGGGCCUCAAGGUUCUACAGCCAGGCACAUGAUUCUGCAGUGUGUGGCUCCCAAGGGACCUCUAGCCUGUUCUCGAACCUAUUUCUUUGGGACCACCCACACCCCCUACCUGGGAAACCAAAAUGUUCAGGAAAAGAAAACAGAGCUCCUGCUUUUGUCAGAGAUUUAUUCGGCUGCUGUCGAAGCAGUCCUUUCAGGAAUCAAAUGCUACUCCCGUACCUCCAGUGCUACCAAGGCCAAGGACGUGGCAGAGCAUACCUUUCUAGUGACUUUGGACUCUAUGAAUUUAAGUCAGUACCGCAGUUCUCUCAGGUCCAAAAUUAAAUUCUGCAUUCAAGCAGUGAAUAAGGAGGGAAGGAUCAUACCACUUACUGAUGAAGACAGCCGUUAUGUAGUGAAAACUGCGUCCAUGACUGUUUAUGACAUUCCAGACCUGCAGUGGGGCACGGGGAAUCUGGGCUCUGUGGUUUUCUCUGAAUCCUUUUUGGAGUCCAGCAUCAACAUGCAACAGAAAGAUGGCAGUGUGUGGUCAGACAGCUGCUACACCAUCCUGACCACGACUGUGCCUCGCUAUGCCUGCUGGCUGAUGGAGUCUGAUGUUAAGCAGUCUGAACAAGCACAGCUCCUUAUGAAGAAAGAAGAAGCCACUUGUUUGGGGGCUGCUCUGACUGCAGCAGAUGCUGCAUAUGUGUUCUCCAACAGCCAGCUCUCCACACCUGAAGAGGGGAAAAUCAGCUUCUUCUCUGAGGGACUCCUUUUUAUCCAUCCUCAAUAUGGAAGCAUCACCCUGUCCAAGAAUCACAUCAGCGCUAUCAAGUUUUAUGAUGCAGACUCCAGUGCUUUGGCUUCUCUGUUUGUGGAGUAUGAGAGCAAUCUGCUCUCCCACCUGCCUUUCCCUCUCCACAGCUCUGAUCGCUGUCUGGUCUUUGCUCUUCAGCCCAAGUCCAAGAGCCACAAGGCCUUUUACUCAAAGGUUUUAUCAGUGUGGCGAAGCUCUGAUUCUGGACUCACCAUACAACUGGUGGACCAAGAUCAUCUGACCUGGGCCCAGACAAAUAUGCACACCAGACUGCAGAAACUGCACGACAGUCAAGAGCCACCGGUGGCCAAACGUAGAGGCUGCCUGAAGACUUCAUAUUCCCAGCUGCCAGAGCAGGACAUGUUCCUUCAGCACUUCGCCCUGAGCAGUGUGAGUCAGGAGCCCAUUCUGAAUGACCACCUGGAGGCGCUCUUCUCUUCUGCAGAGCUGAGGAACCCCAUUGCUAGCCAGGGAGACAAGGUUGUCAUUACCAUCAUCACUGGACUACCAGGAAGCCAUAAGAACAGACUCUGCAACUUCCUGGUCCAGUUAAACAAAGAAGGUGUAAGGUGGGUUGUUUAUCAGCCUUGUCCUGACAGCUGUGACAGCUUCUCAGCCUCUCACCUCCAGCAAUACCUGUCCAACUUCCUUGAGAUCCAGAGAGGCCCGGGUGGCAAACCUCGCCUUCUGGUGCUCUCUCCCGGAUACACAGAUGUUCUGGAUGUGGUCCAGGCAGUGCUGUUCCACCCUGACCCAGUUGUCCAGGCUUGUUUCACUAUUGGAGCUGUGACUGCAUGUGUGGAUCCUCUCACCUCCUGUAUGGAACACAGGUUUACUUUUCCCAAGCUGGUGGAGCAGUGCAGCCAAGGUAUUGUGAGUACAGUGGUGUUCACCAGGCUGACAGCAGAGCAGAAGCACCCUCUCAUGCAGCAUGUUCAGCAGCUGGUACGCUCUGCCAACCCCACUGCAGCCUUCAUACUGGCAGAGAGAGGAGCUGUCACCAGGACUGAAGAUGUGAAGCUGAUAUUGUCUGAUAGCAGUUUCAAUGAGCCGCAGAUGCUGAGAGCACGCUACCUCCUGUACCCCGGCUGGUGUAAGGGGCGCUUCUUCUCUGGCUCCGGGUCGCUUGUCCUCACUCAGCAGUGUGUGGUGUUCAACCGGCCCCUAGAGAGGCCUCUGUUUGUCACCCGCUGUAAAGCAUUCAAGUCAUCACUGAGGCUGAACCCUUUUCAAGGGAACGUGUACAAUGUUUGGGGAAAAGUCCAGUUUUCUGACUCAGAUAAAAUGAUGGAGGUGAGCUACAACACACUGAGUGGGACCCUGAGCAUCAUCCCAGACCAGGGCACCAACUUCCAAGUCCCAGGCCUCCAGGAGCCCAACACUUCCUGCUUCUUGGUCUUUGAUGGUGUGGAACUCACUCAGGAGGGACUGAAAGACUGGCUCAGACUCUGUGUCAAGCAGAAGGAGACAAAGAAGGCUAAGAAGACUAAAAAUACACUCUCACCACAGGAAAUCCAGAGCAUACAUGUGACCAGGCACAUGGACCCACUUCCACCAAACUACUUUUACAAUGGUACUCUGUAUGUUGAUAUCUUUGGAGAAAAAAGGAUCUUCCAUCCCAAAAUGGAUGAGUUUAUUCAGGAGUACAUUGCUGAGGCCAACAAAGAGAUUGAGCUGUUCAACCACCAGUUGGAUCUGCAGGAACAGCCUGACCUGUUUGAUCCAUAGUCUCUGUCUGUAUGUCCUGUCCAUCACUCUGUCUGUCUUAACUCUAAGGGAACCACUGUGGGAGGGACGCGGGUUGGGCGGUACUCUGCACUCCACUAGAACGGUUAAUGUGUACUCACAUCGCUGGCGCCUCCAGUUGCUGGCAGUCCAUGCAUUCUCUUUUUACAGAGUAACCUUGUUUUCUCGUUAAGCAGUAAGGAAAACUUGAGGGCAAAUGAACUUUUGAAUAAUGACAUCACUUAUCAAAAGCCCGUAAUGCAAAAGCAUAGCUGUAUGUUUGUCUACCACAGAUGUGACACUUAGCAAUCUAGUGAGCUAGCUAUCAAAUCUAUCAGUCUAAAGCAGCAAGGCAACAUGUUUGCUAGUGGUACUGUAAGCCUUUGAAGGAAAGUAGGUAACAUGUUUUUCAAGAGAUGAGGGUUCCUCACCUGACUACUGCUGCACCCAAACCAGAGCAUGUUGUUGCAACACAAUAUUGUCUUUAUACCAAAAUCAUGCAGCCACCAAGCCCGCUAGCUGUAAGACUUGCAUGCUUGAGGGGCAUUUCCUGCCCCACACUCCUACAGCUUGUGUGUUUCUGUUUAUCACAGUUGGCCAAUUAAUGCCUCUAUUUCUGGACAGGCGUGGAGAGCCGUGUGAUUCUGGUGGGCUCCCUGGUGGGGUUUCUCAAGAAUCGCUCCUGCUCUGUUGUCACCCAAUCCAUGGCCCACCUGUUAGCUUGUCGGCGUGCCACGCUGCAGCACAGCAAACGCUUGGCCAUAGAGCUGUAAACAUUGGACAGCCAGUUGGCUGACGCUAACUGAUGAAUGAUGCCAUCAAUCACAUAGCUAUACACCAUCCCAGUGCUUUAUUUUAAGACUCCUAAAGUGAAUCUAAUGACAGCGCAAUAAAGCAGACUUUGCUCCCCACAGGAGAGCACUCGUUGUAAAGCAGUCUCCACAGAAUCACUAAGGCUGCAUGUCCGCCAGGAAACUUUCUUUACAGCACUGGGUUUUGUUUGCUUCUUUCUGCAGAAACACUGUGCUGUUGUGUGCUCCCUACAGCACAGAGAGCUCAGUAUGCCCUAGAGCUUGGUGCACAGAAGGUGAAGCUGAAAAUAUUAAAAAUUAAAAAUUUCCAACUUUUAGCAAAAGAUUGCCUCACUUCAAGUGGGGUUUUAGUAGUCUCAUAGCAAUAGCAGGAGCCACCAGCAGCCUUUCCCACAAACAUUUGUUUACUGCAGCUAACCAAAAAUGAGGUACCAGAGAGAGAAGCUAAGAUCCCUCAUCAGCCUCUGUGCAGUCAGGUGUGGAUCACUCAUUUCACCAUUUCUGUCAGCACUAUGUGAGGUUUAAUGCAUUGCUCUGUUUAAAUGAAAACAUUCCCAUGCACUUCAACCAUUUUGUGGUCCACAGGUUUUGGGUAGGAUUUGGAAAAUGACAGGGGAAGCCUAAAUGCGAUUUACUAUAGGCCCUUUCUGGGUACUUUUGACUUGUGUGUCACUUGGGUCCAGGCCUUUAGAGAAUAGGGCAAGGUAAGGCUUUGUAUUAGUGUUGUGAUGUUGCAGAGUCACACUUGUAAUAGAGUAGAAUCGCUGCUAUGUGCACUGUGUUCCUCUGCAACAGUAGUGCGGCAAACAGUAAACUGGGGUCUGGGGUUCUGUAUGUAUCUUACCUUCUGUAUUCCUUCACAGGUCUAGAAAUUCUUGAAAUUAAUAGAGUAUUAAUUUGACAACUUCUAGGCUGUGAAUAAUCUGCAAAUUACAUAAAGAGUGGGAAAAGCGUGGAGAAAUUGUGUUGUUGUUAAGCCGUGUUACCUGCGACGACACAUUUUAUGUAGUUGUGGACCCACUGUAAUUUUAUGAGUUGUGAUAUCUGUUGGUGUAAGGAAUACUCUUCAUCUCCAGAUUGAUAUGGCCUAGUUCGUUGGCCUAGAAAGUCAUAUUGAUCAGCUAUUAUUAGCGUACACUGUAAAGCAGCCAAAUAUUGCAGAGUAAAAAGCAUGGAAAAAUUAUGGUAUCCUGAAAUGGGAAAUGUGUAGGAACCCUGCUGCUAUCUGUGUGUCUUGAUGGCUUUCAUUCAACAUGGGGUCAGCAGUGUAACAAAUAAACACAAAUGAGGAAUUACUGGGGUGUAUAGUUCUACAAUAGUACUAUAUUGUACUAUACUAGUACUAUACUAUAAUAUAUUGACAUUUUUGAAUAAUGUACCAAAAAGGUGCCCAUACUGAGCUAUGAGCUAUAUGAGGAUUAUAUUGCCAAGAGAAGGAGGUUGUUUGUUUGACUGAAGAGAACUCCAUAAUUCCUCAGAGCUUAUAAAUACUUUUGAUAUAUUCAAAGCAGAAAUUGCAUUGUAUUUACCCCACCAUUCUUCACAUAUUUGUCUAUCAAGGCUUGCUGCAAGUGUGCAAAAUGAGAAUCAAAAUUUCAUGAAUAACAGGCAUAAAAGGAACUAUAGCACUGCAGGUGAGCUGCAUCACAAUUAAUGAGACAGGCAGAAAGCUAUCGUUCCUAACAAUCCCAAAAUUUUCCUAAACUCCCACACUGACACUGCUGGCCCCAUCCGUCCUCUCAGUAGAGCCUACAUUGAUCUGACCAAGCCAUACCCCUCUGAUAAAUGUGCCACUGUCUUUUAAAAUAAUAACAUGAUGUAUAGAAAAAGAACUAACAUCACAAUGAAGUAUUUCUCUAACACGUUUUACACUGGCAUGUUCCAGAUACCCAGCAAAAGAGGGGUUUACUUGGAGAGGAGGAGCUUCUCACAACCCUCCAGAUCCAAGUUGCUCAUUAACCCCUCUCACACAAUCCUCCUUAACUCUAUAAAAGAAGUGCAAUUGUACCUUGUGUUUUUUCAUAUGUUGCUCUUACAGUACCCUCAGAUGACUCUUUAAGGACAAUGCUGAGGAAACAAAUGAGCUGCUAAAUUCUUUGUCUCUCACAGCUUGUGUGCUGCGGUCUGAUGGACUCUCCCUUUGAGUGCCUGUCGCUCUCAUAAAAUGAUGAAGAGUCUCGGUUAUAGUUAAGGGUUUAUUCCAAAAUGAGAUGCCACUUGAAAAAAAAGUGAUACCUGCACUUACAAAAUGACCAACGGCAUAAAAUGCAAACAGAUUAUGGAGCUUUUUGGUGAAGUAGGAUAAAAUGCAACUUAAAUCCUUUGUUGACAAAAUGAUUACUCUUGUACAGGCUGGAUCCACUGUUUAGCAUUUCAAAGAUGAACUCUUGAAGCCUUCUGUUUUGAGCAACAGUUGCUGUCAUUUUGUAGUUAUGUAAUACCACAGAGACUUAUCUUGACUGACAGUGAAAUAGUUGUGAGGCUGAUGUAUACGAGACUGAAAGUGCCGUCUAUGGGACCUGUUACGCAUGUCAAACAGCAUUGGAACUGAUCCACUAAUUGGUCUAGAGAUCAAGAUGAAGCUGUCCUUAAAUAGUCAAGAGGGUUAUGUAAGAUGUUUAUGAUAUUCAGAUCCAAUUACCAUUAACAUUAGUUGCACAUAUACACUACUACUAUUACUACUACAAGUACGUCUACACUAUUUUGCAUGUGUAAAGAUGUCAUGUGAAUAUGAUAGCGUAUAUAUUCUGAAAAAAUUGCCUUUCACCAAACUGGUACAAUAAAGAGAAAAGAAUCACAUUUAUUUUACAUAUCUGGUAAGAAUUUGAAUUACCUCGAUACGACGCAUAGUAUUUUUGUAAGACUGUGAAUUGAACCUAAUACAUGCAAACUAGUAACAUGUUUCUUCUCGCACAAGCUACAAAAAGCAAAAGCAGAUGCAGUUAAGAAAAAAAAAAAAAAACUCAGAGAGAAUCUGAUCAGUUGGGAGACGUCAGGUUCUCAGAUCCAGUAGUGCCUUGGCUGUGGCUAAGAAAAGCAGAGAUUAAAGCUGCGCUCAGAGCCCCAUCCCUCUCCCUGCCAGGGGGGGAGGGUGGGUUGUCAGGCAAGGAUCCGUCCUUAAACAGUGUUGGUGAAAGGAAUCCAUGGAAUCGUUAUUUAAAGCAAUGUGUUUUACGAAACCAGAGGGCGAAGUAGGCUAAGGUCAUACAGGGGAGGCCAUUGGAGGGCUCAGGACGAUUCAGGUGUUCAAACAAACUAACCAAAAAUCGGUAGGGUGUUACGGCUGGGUGGCGAUGGAGAUUGUUCCAAUAAGCAUACCAGUUGGAUUCUUAAUAUUUGAUACUGAUUCUGCAGCAUUACAUCUCUCGCUCACCCUUUGCUAAAUACAAGCUCUUUUCAUGACGUAAUAGAGCAAAUGAUUUUAUAUGUAACAGGCCAGAGUCAGCUGCUUUCUUCAAUACAAAUGCCCAUGUAGUAGAGGAGAGGUUGAACCACACAUCAACUGAAAAACAUUUUGAAGCCUUUCAGAGCACUUAGUUUUUGAUCCCUUAAAGUCAGUAUCAAUAUUAAAAAUCAGUAUGGUAUUAAUAGGACAAAUUAUUGAUACCCAGCCCAGAGUGGGACAAGAAACUGUUUAUCAGUGGAGUUUGGAGACUGAUGUGAAAUGAUUAUGUUUGUGGCUAAAGUUGGGUGACCCUUACUUAUUGCACAUUGGGGGCCCAAGGAGCCCUCCAUAAAUCUCUUACUGUAACUCCUAUUUAGCUCUCUGGCAAUGCAGACUAAGCACCCUGUUGUCUUCAUCCUGUAUGUGGAUGCUAGCAGUUUUGUAGCUGAAGUUAUAGGACAAAAACAAAGUUUGGUGUUUAUUGAUUUUUAUAUGGGAGAAAAUGUGAUGUUCCUGUACUGCAAUGUGAUAAUGCAGUGAGUAUUUUUUUUGUCUUUUGUUCUUUCCAGUUUUGAAAAUUGGCUCCACAAUUCAAAAGGGCCAAAAAGUUGGAAUGUAUGCACUUUUUGAUGAAAUGGAUAUUUUUCAUGGUAUUUUUAUGCUGUAAUGAAGAAGGGCGCCUUGGAAAUGGAUUUUUAAACGACCAAAUAUUUCUCAGGCCUCAGGGGGCUGUUGAUACUAAUUGUUUUGGCUAUUCUGUCCUUUAGAGUUUAAAAGGGAAUCACAGGAUCCUCCGCCCCGACAGUCCUCACAGAAAGUGCGAGGUAUUUGCUCAGGUAUACUGAUUUCCAUGCCUGAGAUCGCAGAUUCGCCCUAUCAAACUAAACCACUGUAACAGAAGAUGGGGGUGAAAUUGUGGUUAAUAUUUUCUGUCCAUGCCCACAUACAAGUUGGACACAGCCUAGUAUAAAAAAGGAUGUUGUCAAGGAACAGUAACGAUUUAAGUCGGGAGGUGUUUCAUGUGACGAUGGUACGAUUAGAUUUGGGAAAAAGCAAAGGGCUAAUUUCUUCUCCCCUGUCUGCAAGACGUCUAAAUUGACAUGAAAAAAUAACUUCAUUUGGUCUCUCUUUUGAAAAGCAUUAAGAAAAAAUGCUCAGCUUCAAAAGUGCCAAACCAACAUCCAUAUUUUGUUUUUGAGGUUGAUGUUCAGAGAAAGUGAGUGAAAUUGAAUUGCGUUUGCACAAAACUACUGUAACUUUUGUUUUUUCCUGUGACUGAUGCUUUUAUAAUCUAACUGUUGUAUUUAUUGCACCACGUAAUCCAUUAAAUAUUUAUAUGGUUAAUCAA